GCCGGCCGGGGUGGGGUGUUCCAUAAGGGGCUGUAGGACCAAGUGUGGGUGAGGUGUAGCUGGAGGGUGGUCCUGCAUGGAAGGGAUUGAAGUUGUGGGAACCAGGGUUGGAAUUGAGGUUUGUCCACUGUAAUAAAGGCGAGAUGGGAUGGCUGUGAAUGUGUGGUAGCCAUGCCAGGGCUUACAGGCAAUGCUGGUCAGAAGAAGUUGGGUCUCAAGUGCCAUGGUCUGUGCUGCUGAAUGAGAAAAUGUCUCAACCAAAGCAUGGGCAGUGUCUGUCUAUGGCCACCACAGCCUGGGUUGCAAUACCAUUUCUUUAAUAGCAUUCUGAAGUUUCCAGCUUGAUUCGCAAGCUUAAUAGUAUUUAAUUCCCAGUGUUACUUCAUGUGGCACACAUCAGUGUCAGUACUUUCCUCAGCUGGAAUUAGAAGCAGCACAUAUUCUUUACAAAACGAGAUGUGGAAGCUGGUGUUGUGCUUUCUGUAAUUGCAGGUGACUGCAGCCCUGCUCUGAUUUUGCUUGGAAUUUGCUGGAGCACUUUAAAGUUUUACUGCUAGGAUUUUAAGUGUGAGAUUUCCUGCUUUGGAGAUCUUCAGUAGAUGUCCAUCUUCAAGAAGUGUGAAGAAAUUGUGAUUAUUUAAUAACAAGGAAUAAAAGCUGGGAAGAACGUAUUCCUAAUUGAGUCUCAGGAGAUGGGUGGCACUGCUCUUGUCCUUUGGCUUGUUUUGCAACUAAUGCAGGAGGUAAAAGCAUCCAUUGGGAACUGCAUCCCCAGAAAAACAGUAAAAUACCAAACUGUAAGUGUAGAAAUGUUUGUGCAAGAAGGCUUGUCCAACGUCUCCACUCUCCUCGUGGAUGAAGAAACAGAUACGCUGUUUGUUGGAGGCAGGGAUGUAAUAUCUGCCCUUGAUCUGAAUAACAUUUCCAGAGAAAUUGCCAGGGAACACUGGUUUGCUACACAGGAAAGACAACUGGAAUGCAUUCGUAGAGGCAAAGACAAGAUAAGGUGCCAAAACUACAUCCUCGUCCUCCAUAAGAUCAAUGACUCCACCAUGUACGUCUGUGGGACAAAUGCUUAUCACCCAAUGUGUGACCACAUGGUUAUCCAGAGGACGACGAUGCGUUUGCAAGGAAGAGCUGAAGAGAGCAGAGGGAAGUGUCCUUUUGAACCAACUCUGAAGUAUGCAUCCGUGUUUGUAGAUGGGGCGUUUUACUCAGCUACUUCAAAUAAUUUCUUGGGAACAGAACCUAUAAUACUUCGCAGCAUGCAGAAUCCUGUAAGAACAGAAUUUAAAACGUCAUGGCUCAAUGAGCCAAGCUUUGUCGGCAUGGAAGUAGUACCUGAAAGUGAGUUUAGUCCAGAUGGAGAUGAUGAUAAAAUUUAUGUGUUCUUCACUGAAACAGCUGUUGAGUUUGAAUUCUAUGACAAGAUUCUGGUGUCCAGAAUUGCCCGCGUCUGCAAAGGUGAUCUUGGUGGAAAACGCUUACUGCAGAAAAGAUGGACUUCAUUUUUAAAAGCCCGACUUUCCUGUUCCAUUCCAGAACUCAACUUCCAUUUCAAUAUCAUUCAGGACAUCUUUUUCCUUAGGAGAGGGAAGUGGAAGGACAGCAUCUUUUAUGGAAUUUUUUCCCAGCAGUGGGGAAGGUUGGACGUAUCGGCUGUUUGUGCAUACAGCAUGACAAGUAUUCAGGAAGCCUUCUCCAAAGGAAACUACAGAGGACCAAUAACUGUGGAGCAUUCCCAUGUCAGAUGGAUGGUUUUUAGAGGAGAGGUGCCGGUUCCACGUCCUGGUGCUUGUAUCGAUAAUUUUGCCCGGAGUAUGGGGUAUAAUACGUCUUCUGAUCUGCCUGACAAAGUCCUGCAGUUUGCUAGAGAUCACCCUCUGAUGGACAGCUCUGUAAAUCCAAUCGGUGACAGGCCAACGCUGCUGAAGAGAAGCUCAAACUACACCAGGAUUGUGGUAGACAGAGUCACUGGCCUAGAUAAACAGACCUACGAUGUCAUGUUUCUAGGAACAGAUGAUGGAUAUUUGCAUAAAGCUUUCAAUUGUGAUGGAGAAAUGUUCAUUGUGGAAGAGCUGCAGCUGUUUCUGUCCCCUGAACCUGUACAGUUCCUGCAGCUGUCUGCUAAAAAGGGGAUGCUCUAUGUGGGGUCCCUGUCUGAAGUCGUACAGCUUCCAGUUUCGGGCUGCCACCGAUACAAGAACUGCUUGGAUUGCGUCCUGGCAAGAGACCCGUACUGUGCGUGGUCUCAGGCUUCCCAUGCUUGUGUUCUGCUGUCAGAUCAGUCUGGUGAUACAAAGGAUUUAAUUCAAAAUGUGAGAUACGGGGAUGCUUCCAGCUGCCUUAGUGUAGAGAAUGAUGUGAGGAAAUACCUCUUUACCAUUGGAAACAAUGUGCAUCUUAAAUGCGUUCCUCUUUCAAAUCUGGCAAGAGUAGUGUGGAAGUUCAAUGGAAGCCAAAUUCAAGAUAAGGACUCUAAAUACCUCCUCUACGAUGGAGGAAUAGCAAUAUUGAAUGUGACGGUGGCUGAGACUGGAUUCUAUGACUGCUUCUCAGUAGAGAAAUCCAAAGCAAAGGAAUUCUUCAUCACUGUGGCCCGCUAUGCCCUUUAUGCACAUCAAGGUACAGAGAAGGCAGAUGUUAAUGCUGCAGCAGAUAACAACAGUGAAGCAGAAGCUGUGGGUUUUCAGUCUUCAGGAUCAACUUAUUUACUGAAAGGUGCAACAAAGCAGAAAUUUGUGGGCAGCCAAAAGGAGAAUCUUCUUUUAAAGCUCCUGACUGCUGGUUUUGCUAUUCUUUUCUUUUGCUUGUUCAUUUGGAAUUUCUACAAGGGCCAUAUAUCACUGCCUUGGAAGAUCAGAAAGACCAGCUCCGAAGACACCGAUGAAGACUUGGAAAAUCCAGAACUGGCAGAGCUGCGGUCAAGAUCGGAGCUGUAAGGGAGAAUUCAGCCAUACAAACCAACAUGGCUUUUCUUAAUGAAUAAAUGCUGCUGAGUUUUUCUCAGCACAGUGUAGGGCGUGCAGCUCGUGGAGCUGUUUGGCUCAGAUGGCGUCUCCUCCUAAGGAACGUGGAAUGUAAAUUUGGGUAGGAGUCAGAAGCUCAGAACUGAAGACGACGAGCUGCAUUGUGCAUUGCACAGCCCUGUUACCAGCUGGUACUUUUAAAAGCAAAACACCUUUUUGACACAUUAGAACCAUAAGAAUAAAUAUCUUUUUUUCCCCCAAAAAUUGACACUGAUCCAAUUUUUGUAUCAUUGGACUCGUCCAGUUACAGCAAUGAAUACUUCAGAAGCUAAUAAUACUUAGCAGUUCGUGCCUUUCACCUUCAGACUUGCAUUUAAUCUACGAAUAGCAACUAAUUAAGUCUCCUGGUGCCCCAGGAGGUUGUUACUACCCUCAUUUUUCACGAGGUUAAACUACUUGUCACUGACCACAGUAUUGGUGUCAGAUCCAAUGCUUCCUUAGAAGUCCCUGAGUCGUCUUCACUUCUAUUUUCCCCUUUUUUUUCUAACACUUCCCAUCUUUUUCUGUCUGGAGGCAUCACAAAGUGGCAUAAAUACUGCCUUGUUGUUCUGGAACCAUUUAUAAGGUUUGAUGAUCAGAUUUCCUUUGGUUACCUGUAUUCCUUCUCCCUGCAUUCACGGGGUUUCAUGGAGAUGAACGAUGCAGACGGGAUAGCGAUGUGUAAUGAAGUAGGAAGUGGUCAAUGUGUCCAUCCUUCCCUCUGGGGACUCAGUCUCUUCCCUCAUGGAAGGAGAUGCAGAUGGGACACAGAACCCCAUUUCAGCAAAUCCUCACAAGGCUACAUUUGGUUUUAGUUCAAUUCCUGCUGAUCUAAUUACCCUAAUUGAAACGUGUAAAAUAAUUAGCUUUUAAGAGUCGUAGAUAAGUUACCGUUAACAGGUCGAUAUGAAAGAUACCGUGCCCUACUUUAAGCAGUAUCUUCAGUGCGCUUUUAGUCCUUGUGUCAUUGGUUCCCAUGUGGGAAGCCAGGAGCGUUGCUGGUGCUCAGUGGUGCAGCAGUGCCAGGGCAGAGCUGGAGCUGCUGGUUCCAUUGCCAGCUCAGAGCAACCAUCUGCAGCUGCUCCAACUCAUGACCUGCCGUGACCCAUCUGAGCACAGCAGUGUGCUGUAAAAUGACAUUCCUUCCCCACAGCCCCUAACACCGUUCAGCUCUCUUGG